CCUGACAGACACUCUGCUCUAAAAUUAUACAUGGUUAUUACAUUCUGACCUGUAUGACAGGAUGCUUAGGGGUGUAUAAUUGAUAUAUUAGACAAAUCUUUGCUUCACUUCAGAUGCUCCAACUACCUGCUCACCCGGAUGGAGUAGUUUCACGGUUCGCGAGUUGUUGAAUCGAUACAUUCUGAUCCGAAAUAAAUCGUUCAGACCGGUUUGAGGGAGGUUUAUAGAUUCGACUCAGAAGAAUGAUUCAUUUAAGAAUCGGACGCUGCUCGUUAAGACCUGAGGCGACGUUCUAGCUUUCUCCGUUACAAUUCACGUGUUUGUUACCGAACUGCUUUAAUGAGUUAGGUCUUAAAUAUGUCUUAAAUCAAAAAUUACUUAACACGUAUCCUCGCUCUCGCUAAAGAAGGAUAACGUAAUCGCAGCAUAAAGGCAUUCAAGUCGUUUUUGUGGCAACUGAAGUGACAAACACCGUAGCAUAAGCAUGUUUAAAGACAAAACUGCAUGGUUCUCCGACAGUGUUGAAAAGGGGGCAACCAACUUUUGGGUUUCUGAAGGGGGAGGUCUUUCUUCCUGGAAAAUGGCAGAUUACCUCUUCAGUGCUGAUGCGUCUUCUGAAGACACUGAAAGGAUAUACGGAAGUGAGGGUUAUGUCGAGAACAGGGCAACGGUUUUCCACAGCGACUUCCUGUCAGCUUGUAAAGCCCGCCAGAGUGUAGCAUCUGUGCCUAUUGGCCACUAUGUUCUGCCACCAGACUCUGUCCAGGAUGAAAUGAGAGCGCUGAUGGGAAGGUUCAUUUGGGAAAGUGAGGAGCAGCUUCUCAAUCUAUUAAAGGUGAUGUGCGAAGAUCAGAUAUACACUGAAGCGUCUGCAGACGGUCUGUCUGAGGAGACUGAAAAUCAGCCAGUGAGAAAGAAGAACAGCCAGGAUGAUUACGAAUCUGUUGCAUCGGCGAACAAAGUAUGUUCUUGUAGUGUGAUGUGGAAAUAUCCUGUUAACAACAUGAUCUCAGGAUAUGUUCAUAUUGACCAAAUGAAGAAGCAUUCAGGGGAACUUCACGAUUUUCUUCCCUACCUCCAUGGCCAUAACGUUUCAAGACCUAAUGGCGUGACGCCUCGUCAUCGUCGCAAAGAAAUUUAAAACAGUAUUCUUCA